GCACCAUUGCUGUCAGAGAAUACAUUGUUUGCAAUAGCGUAUGGUCGUUAUGUAGGAUAAAAUAGUUUCUUUAGGUUAUAGUUUGAAGUAUUGUAUAUCACUAGAAUUAGAAUGGAGAACACAGAUUUCGUGUGUAUACCCGGUCAGAGGUUAUAUCUGGCUGACAAGCAACAUAUCUCUGGUUGCGGUACAUAUGAGAGGAAUGGAUAUAUAUAUUCGACACUUGCUGGUGUUGUGAACGUCGUAAAGGAGGAAAGGUCUUCCAUAAUCGAAGUGCACAGCACCAAAGAACAGGGAAUUAUCCCGGCUCCAGGUGAUAUAGUGACGGCCAAGGUGACUAUAGUGACCCAGAGGUUCUGCAAAUGUGUCAUUAAAUGUAUUGGUGACACGGUUCUGACACGACCUUACCGAGCUGUCGUACUCAAAGAAGAUGUUCGUGCAACAGAGAAAAACAAUGUGGAGAUGAUAAAAAGCUUCAGACCAGGCGAUAUUAUAUUGGCCAGGGUCCUUCCAGUCACUGAAGUGCACACGUAUCACUUAUCAACAGCAGAGAAUGAGCUUGGUGUUGUGAUGGCGUACAGCGACUCAGGUUCUGCGAUGGUUCCUGUGAGCUGGAUGGAGAUGCAAUGCCCGAAAACCUUCAUCAAGGAACCUCGGAAGGUUGCAAAGGUUGUCCCAGAAGGAUUUUAAGUUCAUUAAGGUGGCAUCUUCAAAGGAAAAGCAUUUUAUGUACAAACAGUUGACAUUCCUUAAUAGAAGCUUUUUUUUCCUUUCUAUUCAUUAAAGAUUGUAUUCAGAAAUCCUUGUUAAGAGGUACAGAUGCAAAGCCUUGUAUCCUUUUCUGUGUUUAUUCCAUAGUCCAUGUUCUAUGCUUUUAUUUGAUUGUGUAGUGUCGCUAUCUGCAUAGCAACACAUUUCAUAGAAAUUGUGUCCAACUGUUGAUGAACACCUUCCAUGCUGAACUAGGUUCCGUGAGAUUUGCACCAGUUGCAAGAUCCGUAGAACUAAUUAAGCAGUUCCAUGGCACAAAGUAGAUAAUAGUCACUCAGCUAGUCAAAAAAGAUCUCUGCAUUUCUUAGAACCUGAAGCCUUAUUACUGUGUUCAAAUAAGCCUGCUGUGUGAACCUGUCCUGAGCCAGAUGAGUCCAGUCCACUUUUUUUUUUUUCAGAUUGUAUUUUUUUAAUAUCCAUUCUGACCUAUGCAUACUCGUAAGUCUCCUGACUGAUCUCCCACCUAAUUUUCUUCCUGUAAAAUUUGUAUGCAUGCUACAUGCCCUUUGGUCUCAUGUUUCUUGAUUUCAUAACCAUAAUAAUAUUUGAUGGAAAUUACAGAUAUAAAAGCUCCUCAUUGUACAAUUUUCCUGUAGGCCCAUAGUCUGUCAACACCUGUUCUUAAACAUCCUCCAUUCAUGUUCUUCACUUGGACUAAAGGACAGGCAUUCUGUUGGAUAAACAUUUUAAGUGCAAGGAUUGUAGGAUUAGAAAUCUACAGUAAAUCAGGCUUUUUGAUUGGAACUCCUCCUUUUAGAUACAAUUGGAAAUGUUUCAUAUCCUUUUGGUAUCAUUUAAUAUUUUUAUCUUAUUUAUGCUAAGAAUAUUCUGAUGAAUGAGUAAUUUUGUAUUAUCAGCUUUCCACAUCUUUGGCAUAAUGGCUUGUUUUCAUCUUAUGCCAGUAUAUGUAGGGCCUCAAGAGGACUUUGUCCAUGUUAACAAAGAAUUUUAAAUUACAAUAUUGAAUGGGAAUUUGAUGACCAUGGUUUUUGUCGUUCUGUAAUUUUCCUUGAAUUGUGAGUCUGAUUGUGUGUGUACUUCAUUUUGUUCAAAUAUAUUUUAUGGUCCAUCUGUUUCCUAAAAGGAAUUUAA